AUGGUCUUGAUCUUGCCAGCGAAAUAUAUUCCACCGAGUUGCUCCAACAAACAAUCAAACCAUGGUGGCACCGAAAUCCAUUCUGAGCGGUCUGUGCGCGCCUGGUUCCAGCGCUUCAAAGCCGGAAACGAGAAAUUCGAAGAUGAACCUCACUCUGGUCGACAGACUGCAAUAUCAUUCGAUGAACUGAAGAAUCUGGCGGAGCAGCAUCCACAUGAAGGUGUGCGGUAUUUUGCUGCCAAUCUUGGCUGUUGUCCACCCGACGGCAACCGCCAAAGACGUUUGGACAUCUGCACUCAGCUGCUCUCUAGAAGCCGCAGAUUCGACUGGCCUGACACCAUUGUCACUGGAGGUGAAAAAUGGGCCCUCUACGUCAACCACACCCACAAACGUGCGUGGUGCGCUGGCGAUGAAAUGCCGGAUCCUUUCGUGAAAGGUGAAAUCCAUGAGAAGAAGGUCAUGCUGAACGUCUGGUGGGGAGUUCGUGGAAUCUACAGUUUCGAACUGCUUCCGGACAACCCAGGUCUACUGCGCUCAACUGCAAGCUCGGCAACGUUCGCGUGCUGCACGAUAACGCGCGCCCUCACAUCGCGAAGAAGACUUCUCAGAAAAUUCUGGAGCUCGGAUGGGAAGUUCUACCGCACUCACCGUAGAGCCCGGCUCUGGUCCCGAGCGACUACUGCGUCUUCCGAUCGCUUUAGCAUCACCUGGAGAAGAAGCGCUACGAUGCUCGAAAAUGACCUUCGGGCUUUCUUCGCCUUCAAAUCGCCGAAGUUCUACGCCAAAGGAAUUCGUAAUCUUGUGAGACAUUGGCAGAAGGUUGCUGAUGUUUAUGGAGAUUAUUUCGUCGAAUAA